UACGUAUGUAUGUACAUACAUGCAUACACUGGUUUACAGAUUAUUAGCAUCGACGAAUAUAAAUCGAGCACUCUCCGAUGAAAGAACCCUUGAUCCCGUGAACCGUGGAUCCCACGGUUUAAAUGCGAAAGACUACCACGUUAAUUAGAAAUUAUUUAUCAUGUUGAGAACGAAAUGGUUAGCCGACUUCUGAUUGAAUAUGCUUUGCCUGUGACCGAUGUCUGUACCGAUUACAUUUGAUCUCAGGUACAAAUACAUGAUUGACAUUCUCUGGUUACAAUCUUUAUUCAUGGAUCUGAUCGAUCGUGGAACAACAAUGGAUCAUUAUUAAUUCAAUAUCCUUCCUACUUAUCUCAUUAGACUCUUUUUUCCCCUCCUCUAUUUUUAUCUGUCUGUAUUAGUAUGAAGCAAAAUAUCAAAGGUCUUCGCACUGUUAUCGUUGUGUAUUGUAGCUUGCAAUUAGCAUUGAUAGUUUUUGCUCAAAAUUUCAUUUAUCCUAGGAUCGAAUGACGGUGUGCGUCACACUUAACCAGCUCUUUUCUAAUUUCGUUUUAUUUGUUUCCAGACAAUUCGUCACUUUAUUGUUAUUUACACUUACUGUAGCUAUUCGAAAUGUAUUCAUUAGGUAAAAUAUUGUCCACCACAUGUAUCAGGCGAUCUAAACACUCAAUGUCAGUCUAUUACAAGCUGCCUAUGUCCUUAUAUUAUAAAACAUUAUCACAUCAGCAAAUGCCAGUUACAAAAAGCACCCAAAUCACGCAAGAUAAGGAGGAAUCUGUAACGUUCUCUGCAUUACGGGACAUCAUAUCCUUGAAGACUGCCUAUGGAGAGUUUAAGUUUCCCAGCAUAUGGCUACGGGAUAACUGCCAAUGUGUUUCCUGCUUCCAGAAAGAAUCACAAUCGCGGACGAUUGAUUGGGCCCACUUUGAUUUUGGAGUUAAACCAUCAAACGUUAAAUUCGAGGAGGCUAAAUUAUUAAUUGAAUGGCCGGACAACCACAAAAGUAUCUUUACUCUCGAAUGGUUGAUCGAGAGAUCUUUCACCGAAGAAAAACGCAAAUUAUUUAGGGCCCAAGUUUAUAGAUUUGAAAGAGUAACCUGGGGGGCUGAGGACUUUGAAAAAUGUUGCAAGAAAUUUAAUUAUCAAACUAUUUUAAAUGACGAGUCUGUAUUACUGACUUGGCUUGGAUCUCUGACAAAGUAUGGAGUUGCUAUUGUUACCGAUGUACCACCUCUCGCAAACAGCACUAAAUCCCUCAUCGAGCGUGUUGCCUUUGUUAGAAAAACACAUUACGGGGAGGAAUACAUGGUCACAUCAAAAAAUGACACCACCAAUGUUGCAUACCAGUCGACAGUUCUUCCACUCCAUACUGACUUACCCUACUACUGCUAUGCUCCCGGGGUCAAUUUCCUGCAUUGUUUGGUUCAAACUCAGGGACAAGGAGGAGAAUCUCACUUGGCUGAUGCCUUUCAUGUCGCAAAUUACUUGAAGAAAAAUCACCCUGAGGCUUACAGAGUAUUGACAAAAACCCUAAUUGAUUGGAACGACAUCGGUCAUGAAAAUGGAGACCAUUUUCACAGUAUACAUCAAGCUCCGAUACUCUGCGAAGAUGAACGUGGAGAUCUGGUGCGAAUCAAUUAUAGUCAGCCACAAAGGGACAGUCAUUUCAACGCUCCCUUAGAGCAGAUUGUUCCAUGGUAUGAGGCAGUCGGCUUAUUCACCAGAUUUCUUCACAGCCCGGAGUAUUUUGUAAAGUUUAAACUUGAAGAAGGCGAAAUUCUGACCUUUGACAACCAUCGACUGGUUCAUGGAAGAAGUAGUUACGUAGACACAGUCGGAAGAGAAAGACUGUUGAUUGGAUGCUACUUAGACUGGGACGAAAUCUACUCACGCAUACGAGUCCUCAAAAAACGACAGCUCCCAAAAGGUUCAUUGUAAAGUAAGAACUAGAUCGAUUAUUUACUUUUGUAAAUUAAGAGGGAGCAGAGAAAGCCAGGAAAAGAGGCGUUAUGGAAUGAAUCUGAUCUGAAUUGAAGAACAUUGUUAUAAUCGAUUGAGAUUUAUUUUCAAUAAUGAUACGUAUACAUUUGUGGUGGUAAAAAAAUUGAUUCUCUAAGAAUGAAGGUUGGAACUUGUGGUAUAUUUAUUAUUAUUUACAUUAGUCUCCACAAUUUGUUCGAACUCUAUGAGUCACGUGGUCAAAACCGAUUGACAAAUACAUAAAUUGUAAAUGUUAUGUGAAGUGGCAUUGUUACAGAUUUGUAACUUUGAAAAUAUAUGUUCAAUGAAUGCCACGCUA